AUGUGGCGAAAAGUUCAGUCCGUUGGUCUUUCUAUUAAGUAUGGGGAAGACGAAGAAUUUAGUUUGCUAGUCCGUCAUUUGCUUGCUCUUGCUUUUUUAUCACCAGAAGAAAUUCCAUCAGCAUUUGCUGAAAUUAAAGAACAACUAGAAAUAGAAUCUGGCACGGAACAUUUUUUAAUGUGGUUUGAGGAUAACUAUGUUCUUGGUCGAGUUCGAAAAACACUACGGAAUGGCAACAUUAUUCGAGGAUUACCGUUAUUUUCACCAGAAUUGUGGUCUGUUUUUAAUUAG